UCCCUUCCCAUAAACCUCGGCAGUCGGCAGCGGUUGUCCCCCAACUAAAGAGAGAUGGGAAGCACAAGCAAAGAUCUCCUACGGUUUGAGCACAAGACUUCCUCUACUUCACCCUUAGAAUCUGCGCUGCUUGUUUGUAACAAAAAGGACUCAUUAUCUGAAAGCCAUAAAUCUAAUCCUACCAAGAAACCCAACAUCACUUCUAUGCCUAAAAGCCAAGUUUUGGGAAAAGUGAAAGAUUUCUUGGGAGUCAUGUCAGAAGCUAAUAAAAGGCUGGAGCUUGAUGCAAAGAAUAAUUCUCAAGCAUAUGAUAUUGAAGUACUCAAUGGAAAUCACUCUGAAGUCAUUGAAAUGGAUUUGAUGUUGGGUGUAGCUGAUCUUCACACCCCAGAGGCUCUAGCUGCUGCUGAAUCUGCAAUUGCUGGUAAUCAGCCAGCGAUUAUGUUAGCUGGUAGUAGUAGUAGUGGAACAGAAUCAGAUGAUAGCAUUGAUGAUACUAAUCAUAAUGAGGAAAGGGAUAAUGAUGAUACUGGUGAUAACGAAACAUCCUCUCGUAGGAAACUUGAAAAAUCCGACACAGGCAAAGACUGCAAUGUUAAUGAAGUAGCAAGAAAGAAUCAAUCAAAAAAGAGGUCAAGGAUAGUCGAGCUCUCUUGAAAACAAUGUUUUGGUUGAAAGAAGUCGAUCAAGAAGUCAUGUAGAAACUGUUGGGGAAUGAUCUAUUUGAAAUUGAAGUUUCCUUGAAUUUUAGUUUUGUGUUAAACUUAAAAUGAAGUAUUGAGAUGAAAGUUAUAACUGAGUUGCUAAUGUUGAUCAUUCAUUCAUGCAGUAUAUAUUGAGUUGAUUAUGCACUUGUACUGCAACCGUUUGCACAUUCAAAUUGCUCAAGGGCAGCCAACUCAUAGAUUUGAGAAUGCAGAUAUCUAACAAGGAAAGCGGACGUUGAGAAAUUGGAUAAACUAAACACUGGAUAUAGUUCUACCA